AUGUAUUAUCCGGGAUGGAGGAUAAGUCCGGCGUGGUCAGUCGCACACAUUGGAGGAUUUCUCCUGACCCGGAAUCAUCUCCCUUCUCCUGACAAGCGCAGCGACACCAUCUAUGUUUUAGAAAUGAGCAAACGUAUCGACAACGACGGUGUGAUGGGACCCCCCAUAGACCUCGCCUUCAAAUGUAUCAACUCCAUGGAAGAUGUCCUACAGGAAUAUCCCCGAGAGGGCCUGAGGCCCACAAAACGUGGAGAAGACGGAAAGCUGCACAGCCAGGCGCUGAGGCUUAACAACAACACCCUGACCGACCUCCGCGGGUUCAAGGAGGUGGUGAGCAACCUGCUGAGCGACCCUUCCCACCUCUGCUGGAUAGACCUCUCCUUCAAUGACCUCCCCAACAUCGACCCAGUCCUGACUACAUACCGUCAUCUUUCUGUACUGAAUCUCCACGGUAACAGCAUUCGUCAGCUGACAGAAGUCGAUAAACUCGCCGCCCUGCCCAAUCUGAAGAGCCUGACACUGCACGGGAACCCCAUCGAGGCCGAGGGGAGGUACAGGCCCUACAUACUGUCCGUCCUCCCGCAGCUCAAGAGCUUCGAUUUCAGCGCUGUCACCAAGCAAGAUCGAGUCAGUGCCGACGUCUGGAGCCGAAUGAACGGCAAACCGAAGAAAGUCCGGGGAACUAAGAGAGAGUGA